UUUAGUCUUUUAAUAGAUACGCAGAGAGCAAAACAUUUUUCUUUCGCGUAAUCUGUGCAUGAAAAAUAAAACAACAAACGAGUUGUGUGUGGAAAAAUAACAGCGAUUAGUCUGAUUAGUCUAAACUGAUUGCUCGUUGUGUGUUCGGACAAUCUUAUUCGUUUCAAGCAAACUAAAAUUUGUUAAAAAACAUAAAUUAUUACGACCGGCAUCGAUAUGGAUAAAUUGUUUUUGAGUAAACGAAUGUUUAUCGAUAGUGAAUUCGUGAGCGGCGGGAUUUUAGUGGCACCGAACGGCAAGAUUCGCUCGAUAUUAAGAUCGCAACAAGAGAUCAAUUCUUGGAUGUAUGCAAAUGAAUCGGACGAGACAUUCGAUUUCGGUGAUUAUGUUCUGAUGCCUGGCUUGAUCGAUAGCCAUGUACACAUUAACGAGCCUGGAAGAAAAGAGUGGGAAGGUUUUGAAACAGCAACAAAAGCGGCAGCUGCUGGAGGCUUUACGACAAUUGUUGAUAUGCCGUUAAAUUCCAUACCACCGACAACAACGGUCGAAAAUUUAAAAAUUAAAAGAGAUGUGGCUCGAGGCAAAGUUUUCGUCGAUGUUGCAUUCUGGGGCGGUGUGAUACCAGGAAAUGAAAAUGAACUGUGCGCUAUGGUUGAUCAGGGAGUCGUCGGAUUCAAAUGCUUUUUAUGUCCUAGUGGUGUUCCCGAAUUUCCGAAUGUGAAUGCGGAUCAAGUGGAAAUCGCCUUGCAAAAACUACAAAACACUGAUGCUGUUUUAGCGUUUCAUGCAGAGAUUUGCCCAACCACAGAAAUCCAAGUCGAUGAGACUCAAUCAAAAAAAUACGAAACUUAUCUGAAGACUCGCCCACCCUCAAUGGAAGUUGAUGCUAUCAAGUUGGUGACUGACCUAUCCGUCAAAUACGACGUUCGAACUCAUAUCGUUCACCUGUCAACCGCAGACGCUCUUCCAUUAAUUCGUAAAUGUCGCGAGAAACGUUGCCGUUUGACUGUGGAAACAUGUCAUCAUUAUUUGAACAUUUCUGCCGAAGAAGUGCCAGACGCAUCAACAGAAUACAAAUGCGCGCCCCCGAUACGCGAUCACAAUAACCAAAAGAAACUAUGGCAGGCCCUCAUUGACGGAGACAUUAAUUUAGUUGUUUCAGAUCAUUCGCCUAGUACUCCAGGAGUUAAGAUGUUGACUUACGGUAAAAAUCGUGGUGACUUUUUGAAGGCCUGGGGAGGAAUAUCCUCAGUACAGUUCGGUCUGUCUUUGUUUUGGACGCAAUGCAAAAACUACGGUAUGGGUUUAUCAGAUGUCGUUCGAUUGAUGUGUACUGCGCCCGCUGAACUUUGUGGUAUAAAUGACUUCAAAGGCAAAAUCGCUGAAGGAUACGACGCCGAUUUUUGUGUCUGGGAUCCCGAUGAUGGAUUCACAGUUACCCAGGACAUUGUGCAGUUUCAGAACAAAGCCAAUCCAUACAUGGGAAGAAAAUUGAACGGUUUAGUGCAUGCGACUAUAGUUAGAGGAUCGCAUGUUUUCCAGGAUGGGGAAAAUUUCCGACAACCGAUGGGUAACUUAAUAGAAAGACCUGUGACAGGUCGUAAAAGAGUGUGAAAUUUAAAUCGGACUUAUAGUUUUCGUUGUCGUCAAUUGAUAAUUUCAAUAAAGUCUCUAAUUA